ACCACCGGAGCUCAACUGACGUACCAAAGCCCCCGCCCCUCCACCUUUCUAAUCUCUCAUCAUGUCGACGGCGGUUGCAUCUCGCCCCAGCGGCCCUGUCCUUCUAAGCCCCUUCCCCAACUACCAACCCGCCUCGCUCUCCCGUGUCAAGCUCUCCGUCGCCGGCUCGCCGGUCAAGUCCGCCCCCAAGAUCCGCCGGUCCUGCAUGUGCUCCCCGACGAACCACCCGGGCUCGUUCCGUUGCAGCCUCCAUAAGGAGCGCAAGCAGGAUGCGGUCCCGGCCGUCAGCAGCAAGCAAGCCUCCCCGCCUUCGCCGCCGCCGCGCAUGGUAAACGUGCUAGCGCAACGCGUCCCCAUGGGGAGCGGGCACUGGGCACGCAAGGCGCUCGCGCCGUCCCACGCGGUGCAGCAGUUGCAGCACCGGAAGCGCGCCGACCGGUUCCGCGCCGGGCCCAGCCGGCUCUCCGGCGUCUCCAUGGCCGGCCGCCGCGCAGGCGGCAGCCAGUAAAAAACAACAUCGUCGACAUGUCAUACUAGUACAUACUGCACAAACUGUACAUAGGAAACAAAUUCCCCGAAUAAUGCCGUUCGCUGUAUAGAAGAUCGGUGGGGAUUAGGCCGUCCCGGUAGAUUGGAGUUUUAAGACCCAAUUCGAUUCCUGGCCUGGUCAAUUAGAGUGGCUGUACAUAGAGUGGUCGUCUUCCUCCUCCCCGCUGCACAUAGAGUGAGUUCAUCUUCCUUCCCUUCUCCACUUGUACAUAGAGUGAGCUCUCGUCCUCUCAGCCCGCUGUGUACAGCUCCCUUUGAUUUUGGUCUUUUGGAUAUACAUCAAUACAUCAUGAGUGACAAAUUGGAGACACA